AUGCAAUUAUGUACUCGCUUUCCGAAGCGGAUUGCCCGCCAUAGACUCACUAAACGGUUUAUAUCUUGGUGGCUCCUGCGAGCUGGGUCGCGGUAUGGCGUUGAAGUGAUCUGGGAUAUUUCAAAACGUGUGAACAUUCCAUUGGGAGGUAUUAAGAGUGAAACUCAGGUUAGCAACGUCCAAGAAUUAGGCUUACACUAUACAAACCUCUGGGUGAUCUUUCUGCAUUUGGCCUUCAGCAGCGGCAUGGCCAGCAGAAUGAUGCAGUGCAAAGAGUGA